AUGGCUGACGACCCUGACCGUCCUUCUUGCAAGGCGGAAGCCGACGCUCACAUUACCUCCAUCCGGUCAGAAUAUUUCGGCAGCGAGCGUCUCAAGGACGUCGUAAAGAAGCUUCAGAAAGUACUUUCAGAGCAACUAUACCAUCAUGACGGACAUUUCCUUCUGGAGACACUUCAGAAUGCGGACGAUGCUGAAUUUGGGAGCCGUGUGCCCACGCUCACAUUUUCCCUCAGUCGCGAAAACGGCUUCACUCUUCUGAUUCAGUCCAAUGAGAAGGGCUUUACCAAAAAUGAUGUGGAAUCCAUCUGUGGGCUUGGAAACAGCACUAAGUCAUCUCAGGGGAAAGAGCGAACCAGCAUUGGAGAGAAAGGCUUGGGAUUCAAGUCCGUUUUCUCAGUGGCCACUGUUGCUGAGAUCAGAAGCGGUUAUUACCACUUCAAGUUCGACCGAACCCAGGAACUGGGUCUAAUCAAUCCUAUUCUUGGUAAUGCUGCUAAGUCCGGAAAGACGACUGGCAGCCAAAUUUUGCUUCAUCUCAACGAUGAAGCUGCCUAUCAUCGGGUAGAAAGAGAGCUGAAAGCUCUCGACCCACAAUCCAUGCUGUUUCUUAAGAAUCUUCGACGAAUCAGCUUCGAAAGUACAAAUCACAACAUGCAUCUAGUCAUGACAAGCGCAUCGCUACAUGGAGUUCCAACGAGAACGAUUAGCAUCGAAGACAAGGUAUCAGGAGAAAGCAGGACCAAGCCGUUCUACUGCAUGAAGCAUGAAGUCUCAGAUAUGGCGCCUCACGAAUCUCGUCUAGAUGUCAAUCGAACCAUAGUCGAAGUCGCCUUCCCAAUCGAAGAGGACGGCACUCCCAGGCAAAGCAAUCAGAAAACCUACGCUUUCCUUCCUAUCAAUGACUAUGGAUUCAAGUUCGCAAUCAAUGCUGAUCUAAUUUUGACAUCAAGCCGAGAAUCCUUUCAGGAAAGCCUGCCGUGGAACAUCUCGCUUCAAAAUGGAAUAGUCAAUGGCAUAGUUGGUUCUUUGUCGCGCCUCGCUCAAAUUCCCAUGUUGCAAUACACUUGGUUCCGCUGGCUUCAGGUUGCAAGAGGCACAUCCACGUAUUGGAUCACAGUGGAAGACUUGAUCUUUUCACAACUUGGAAAUCGCCUGCUUUUCAAGUCUCUAGAUCCUUCUCUAGAAAGAGUUCAAGCUGCAAACUUGUACUUCAUUCCAGAGAAAUACAGGUUUGAGGAUGGGCUCUUAGUCGAACACUCUCCGUCAUUCCGCAAAUACCUGUCGCGGGAGUAUGACAAUGAUUACAAGGAGUUAUCGAUGCGAAGUAUUAUUCGCAAGCUUGGUGUCAAAGAAAUGGAUAAUAGUUUCUUCUUGCACGAACUCCGAGACUGGCUGCUUUCAGAGGAUGGCGCCAAAACUCACAGAACUCUUAGUUGGCUUGUCUCAGUUGCGGAAGUUUUCAACACGGUAUACACGGAGCAGGCAGAAUUGAGGAAGUUGCCAAUUAUCCCUCUUGGCAAUGACGAAUGGGCCAGUGCUAAUACGCCAGGCUUGUACUUGGAAUGCAAGAUCAGCGGGCAUGUCCCCCCGGAUACCGAGUUUCAAGUUGCCAAUCCAGAAGCGGUUCGAAAUUCAACUCUGCGCUCUUUUUUCAUUGCACUAGGCCUUGCUACCCUUGACGCCGACAAAGUCUGUAACAAGAUUCUCGAGGCCCAUGAUGCUGCACGCUACAAUAGACACAACCUUUGCGGGAAACGUCUUGAUGAUUGGGUUGCUGAUAUCAGUUUCUUGUAUGAGAACUGGGAUGCUGUGAUACAAUUCUCUUCGGACAGACGUUGGAAAUUUCUUCGAUUUGUUGUACAGCCACUACCUACAGCGAACCUCAAAUACGGCAUGAUCCUUCGGAGAUCACCUGGUCUACAUAUCGGCGGGACAGAGAAGACAUCACAUCUUAUUACCAAGCAUUGGACUAACACUGAUAGCUUCAUCAAUAUCAUCCACCACAAGUACUUCGAAACCAUCUGUAGCAGCGAUGGUGAGAAGAUGAAUCAUUUUGGUGAUUGGCUGCAAGACCACUGUGGCAUGCGCUACUAUCCGCGGCUUACUUAUAAGCCUCACCAGCAAGAAGUUCGACUCGAUCGACAGAUGGACUUCUUUGUACAGAAGGACAAGGUUGGCCUUCUGAGGGAAUUAUGCGAUCGAUGGGCCGAACACAGCAAACCGUACGAUCACGGUUCCAAGGAGGUUCUUCUGAAAGGCAUCAAAGCUGUUAAGUUUCUGUGCAGGGACGGUGUGAGAAGGCAGCUUCCUGAAGUCGCAUGGAAUAAUGGCGAAUCCGAGGCUUUUAGUCAAAUAUGUCCAGACAUACCCUACCUUGAUCUUCCCGAAGGCCCGGGCUGGAAGACGUUUCUUCCAAAACUCGAAGUCACGACCACACUGAGUGUACAGGCCUUGCUGUACCAGCUGGAGUUUCUCACUAGAAACCAAGCAAGGAUGGCAGAUUAUGACAUCGAAAAACUAUAUCUACACCUGCAUACAAGUCUCCCGAGAGAAGUUAAACAGAUACAGGAAUUGGCGGAGAAGAGUAAUGUAGUGUACAUCCCCACUACUAGGACAUGGGUUUCCCACAAGGCAUGUGUUUGGAAGUCUGCUUUUGACCUGAAGUCAAAGAUUGUCCUGGAAGAUCAUUAUCCAGAAUGCUCUAAGCUUUUCGGCCAAAUAAUUCCGGUAUCUAAUGCUGGAGCUGCCGAUUACAUAGAGGAUUCAGUCAGCAUCAUCAUGGAGGGCAGUGACGGCACUGCAGCAACACGCGCCAUCAGCUUUCUCAAAAGGCUGGACGCCAUAUCUGGCCCCUCGAUGUCCAAUGAGAUCGUAAAACUGAAGUCGUUGAAGAUUUUCCCGGUUCACUGUCCAAACUACGGCAUGGAAACACAAGCUCGUUUCCUUGAUAUUCGGGAAGAUUCUACCGACAAGUGGUAUAUUGCGGACAGGACCAGCCUCCAGGAUGCUUUCAGAGGAAGAGUUCCACUGCUAGAAAUCGACCAGGCUGAUGUACCUGAGAUUAUUAAAAUCAUCGAGUACCUCAACCUGAAAACUCGCUUAUUAUCGCAAGCCGUAAAGGUCGAGGUUCACUCUGGGGGUACCGAAGUUGAACACUUCGAACGAACCUCUGAGCUACGCAAAAAGCUAGGGUAUAUCCUUGAGAUCGUCAACAUCACUGAGGCGGCGCAUACUCAAUACAUUUCGAACAUUCGUGUGUUUAUGGUGAAUGAGCUUUGCGUCACACGGAUUUUGGACAGCGUCACAAUCCAGGCACGAUCGAAGUAUGUGCACGUCAUUGAACGCAGUGAUCAUGUUGAUAUUUGGAUUCCUCACAAUGAGGAUAAGCGUAAGGUUCCGCAGGAGUUGGCUCGACACUUUUGUGACCACUUCCACAUUGAGGACUACAAGCAUCACGAACUGGUUGAAGACAUUCUGGCUUCCUCCUCGAGCGAUAUACCUUCUGUGCUCGAAGAUAGCGGAUUAGACUCGGGGAGCAAUGCCCAACUGAUAUCGAAGAUCAGGGCCGAGCGUGAGAUUUCUUCACCAUCUUCUGCCCCAGUCACACCUCCCCUCCGUAUGGAGAGCUCAAAUGGGCUCCCUACUAUCGCAGAGGCUACUCUGCCCCUUACAUUCAGCGUUGUAUCGCCGCCAAGUGCUUCUCCCGCAAAAAGAGAAUUUCAAAACAACGACCGAUCCACCCUCGAAGUAUGGGAGCGCGCGGGUGUUGACGGCGAAGAAUACAUGAACGGCCUGUUUUCAGAGAGCAUUAAAGACUGGUGUACCAUCGAUAAUUGGACCAGCAACUUGAGAAAAUAUUGCGGCUAUCCUCCUUUCUGUGAGACAGGCGGAAAUGCAGACUUUACGUACGUGGACAAGGUUGGGGAGAUGAAGAAGCUUCUUCAGAAUUGGAUGAAGAAGGGCACUGAGGCCCUGUCACACAUUCCAGAGGCAGUUCGGUAUCAUAUCGAGCUGAAGACCUCAAGUGGUGAUCUGGAGGAAGAAUUUCACCUCUCAGGCGGCCAGAUGCGAACGGCAAGACAGUGCCACCUCAAUCGUCUGACGGAUGAGGCUGCUGACGUCUACGUUCUGAUCCGUCUUUACAAUUUCAGACAGGUGGAGAAAGGCAUCAAGGUUUGCGUUGACCCUUGGAGCGACAACGACGUUGCGUUCUGGUUUCCCGAUGAUGUCCAAGGUUGGGUUGUAAAGCGCAACACAAUGAAGGCUCAAAGACGACCCCAGAGAGGAGCUUGA